GCUUCUGGAUUUGGCCCCUAACCCAUUUCUAUUUCUCCCCAAACAAUUUCAUUUAUUGUUCUCUUCAAACAAACGAUUUACAGAAAAUAUGAAAACCAAUUGAUCCAGAAAAAGAAAGGAAAAGAAAGGAAAUUUGUUGGGUGACUGAAGAGCGAAGACCAUGGAGGCCUGAAAUCCGAACUCCAAAGGCCAUCAGAGCCAAGCGUGAUUUUCAAGCUACGUUUCACUCAAAAAGACCAUCUUUUUUCAACUUUUUUCUGUUUUGGGUCCCCAGUUUAUAAAUCAAAAACCUUCCUAAAGUACCUUAAAUCUUCCUAAAAAAUGGCGGACGCAGCACCACCAAGUAAAUCAAGAGACCUAGACAAGCUCCUUCUCCGACCAGGAAACCUCGUUGGCCCGAGCUUCGAGCCUGGCGUUCAAUUAAGGGAUGAUUUACAAGAAUAUGCGAAAGUUUUGGUGGUGGGAGCAGGAGGAUUGGGAUGUGAGCUACUUAAGGAUUUGGCUCUCUCUGGUUUUAAAAAUCUUGAGGUCAUUGAUAUGGACCGGAUUGAAGUCACCAAUCUCAACCGUCAAUUUCUCUUCAGGCUGGAAGAUGUUGGUAAGCCAAAGGCUGAAGUGGCAGCAAAGCGUGUCAUGGAAAGAGUUAGUGGUGUGAAUAUUGUGCCUCAUUUUUGCCGAAUUGAGGACAAGGACAUUGAAUUUUAUAGUGACUUCAACAUUAUUGCCCUUGGUCUUGAUUCCAUUGAGGCUCGGAGCUACAUUAAUGCUGUGGCUUGUAGUUUCCUCGAGUAUGAUUCUGACGACAACCCACGAGAAGAAACAAUGAAGCCUAUGGUAGAUGGUGGGACCGAAGGUUUCAAGGGCCAUGCUAGGGUGAUUGUGCCAGGGGUCACACCUUGCUUUGAGUGUACAAUCUGGCUUUUUCCUCCUCAAGUGAAGUUUCCUUUAUGUACUUUAGCAGAAACACCCAGAAAUGCAGCUCAUUGUAUUGAAUAUGCUCACCUAAUUAAAUGGGAUGAGGGUCACAGUGGAAAGGCUUUUGAUCCAGAUAACCCAGAUCACAUGAAGUGGGUCUAUGAUGAGGCUGUCAAGAGAGCAGAGCUUUUUGGGAUUCCAGGAGUUACUUAUUCUCUUACUCAGGGUGUUGUGAAAAACAUCAUACCAGCUAUUGCUUCCACCAAUGCAAUUAUUUCUGCUGCAUGCGCUUUGGAAACCUUGAAGAUUGCAUCAGGAUGCAGUAAAACUCUAUCAAACUAUCUUACGUAUAAUGGUGUUGAAGGUCUUCACACGAAAGUGACUGAAUUUGUGAAGGACAAGGACUGUCUUGUUUGUGGUCCGGGUGUUCUUGUUGAGCUGGAUGCUACAGUUACACUACAAAAGUUUAUUGAUAUGCUAGAGGAGCAUCCUAAGCUGCUCAUGUCAAAAGCGUCAAUCACAUAUCGAGGGAAGAAUCUAUACAUGCAGGCCCCUCCUGUUCUGGAAGAGAUGACCCGAUCAAAUCUAAGUUUACCGCUAUAUGACCUCAUGGAUAAAGUCCCAAAAGACAUCCUCCAUGCGACUGGUACAAUCAACAAGGACAACAAAAAAUCUUCUGGUUUAAGAAAAUUGCGUGUCAAUUUCAAGGGGAUCGAUGGGGUUACAGAUAUGGAUAUGGCUGGUGGUGCAUGAUCAUACUAAUAGAAAUGAUCAUUUUACAGUAUAAUCUUCUUGUCAAUUGUUUCAAUCCCAUUUUUCAGUCUUUGGAGAAGAAAAUGUGUUUAGGUCCCAGUUACUGUUACAUUUUGUUUGAACUUCCAAGAUGCCAGUUGCUUCCAAAUGGUAUAUUUAGCUUGAAGGUUCAAGUCUUCAUCA